GAACCGGCAGCUCCGCCAUGGCGGCGGCACCGAGACUGCCGCGGGGGCGUGGCCAAGCGGGGGGCGUGUCCUCCUCCCUCCAAUCCGCGCCCGCCGCCCCGCCCCGCCAGCCAAUGCGAGCAGAGGAGGGGCGGGGGUCGGAGCGCGCUGCCACGUGGAAAAGGGGGCGUGGCUUGUGCGGAGGGGGCGCGCCCACAGCGAAUUGGGCGGGGAAGCGGAAGAAAGUGGGUGAGGGCGGAAGUGGGUGGGGUAGCGCGGCGGAAGUGGCGUCGGUGAGGGCGGAAGUGGCGCUGCGGAGCAAGAUGGGGGAGAAGAAGGUGUCGGGGCGGGUCCCGGAGGCCGCUCAGCGGCGGGUCCUGGACCGGGCGACCCGGCAGAGGCGGCUGAACCGGCAGCUGGAGGCGCUGGAGAACGAUAAUUUCGGGGACGACCCCCAGGCGGGGCUGCCCCGGCCCGGGAAACGGCUCCCGAACUUCGCCGAUACCGCCGAGACCGGCAAGAAGAAGAAGAAAACUCGGGGUGACCAUUUCAAGCUGCGGUUCCGCAAGAACUUCCAGGCGCUGCUGGAGGAGCAGAACCUGAAUGCGGCCGAGGGUCCCAACUACGUGUCGGCCUGCGCGGGCCCUUCCCGCCGCCCCCCCCGCCAUUUUUGCGCCGUCUGCGGUUUCCCCUCGGCCUACGCCUGCGUGAGCUGCGGCGCCCGCUUCUGCUGCGCCCGCUGCCUCGGGACCCACCGCGACACACGGUGCCUGAAGUGGACGGUGUGACGCGGACGGUGAUGUCACCGCUGCGGCCAAUGGGGACGCCCGGUGUCACCCACCCCCGCCCCCUGCCCAGUGUCACCCACCCCCCAGCGUCACCUCUGGGGACAAUAAAUGGAUGGUAAAGGCA